AGUAGAAGACGUCCAUACCUCAGAAGCAUCUUCUUGAAACCCAUCUCAAUUCUCUCCUCUUGACAACAUGUGUUGCAACUACUACGGCAACUCCUGUGGCUAUGGCUCCAGCUAUGGCUGUGGCUAUGGCUCUGGUUAUGGCUGUGGCUAUGGCUCCAGCUAUGGCUGUGGCUAUGGCUCUGGUUAUGGCUGUGGCUACGGCUCCAGCUAUGGCUGUGGCUAUGGAACUGGCUACAGCUGUGGCUAUGGCUCUGGCUCUGGCUGUGGCUAUGGAACUGGCUACGGCUGUGGUUAUGGAACUGGCUAUGGCUGUGGAUGUGGCUCUGGCUCUGGCUACUGUGGCUACCGGCCAUUUUGCUUUAGAAGAUGCUAUUCUUCCUGCUAA